CUACUACCUAGCUAGCCAACAGUAUAAGCACUCCCCUUCCUUCCCUACAACCCCCAUUUCAUUCCUCAUAGAGGCACCUGCCAAAGACACAAUUAACCCAUAACACACACAUUGCCACGACCCCCUUGGCUUCCCCGUCGACCGCCCAUCCCCCGCCACCAUGGGGAAGAAAGCUGCAGCUGCCACCGUCUUUCUCAUGGCGCUGCUGGCCUUCGCCGUGCUCUUCGUCGUCGCCGCCGACGCCGCGCCUCCUGCCGCCGCCUUCCGGAGAAGCCGCUUCCUGGCGGACUUUCAGUUCCAGCCGCCCACCUACUUCGACUGCGUCAAGAAGCCCCCGUCGGUGUGCCUGGAGCCCGGGAGCCCCGGGAAGACGUGCUGCAAGGGCCCAGGCCCCGUUGGCGCCUGCACGGACCUCGCGUCCAGCCUCUUGCACUGCGGCAGCUGCAACCGCACCUGCAAGGUUGGGCAAGUCUGCUGCAGCGGCAAGUGCUCGGACCUCCUUAGCGACAAGAAGAACUGCGGCGGGUGCUCCAAAGAGUGCUCCAAGAAGUGCCAGUACGGGAUGUGCGACUACGCGGGGUGAGAUAUGCCGGCCGCCGGUGUCGAUCCGACGACGCAGCAUAUACAGUUCUGCAUCCACUCUCAAAGAAAUAAAAUCGGCAGUACGUAUAUACUACGUGAGUGCAUCAUAUCCUAAAAUUAAGUCCAAAUUAAUUGUUUUAAAUGUUUGAUCCCCUCCUCAUAUGUAAUACCCCCCCAAAAAAAAACAGAAUGAAGUCGUACAGAUGAUUUAUUUGAUCGUGUGUUCGUCUCUCAUAUAUGGUUUUAUGUGUUUAAUUGUUGGACUACGUCAUAUAUAUAUAUAUACAAGUGGUCAUGUGGUAUCUAUUAUGUUAUAAAUUGAAUAUACUGUUGUAAUAAUGUUUUUUUGGUUA